AACACACAGCGAGGGAUUCGGCCGAAAGCACUCCUCCUCGGCAUCUGAGCCCUGCUGCCUUCACCCCCGUUUGGAAGAUACAGAUGUCAGAAGCCAAGACAGACAAGGCAAAAGUCAAACCAGCAGAAAGUUUUGAAAAUGACAAGCAAAAUAUUUCUUGGCUGAAGAAAGAACUGGACAAGUCCAUCCUCCAACCCCAUGGAGACUCAGACAGCUGCAUCAGCUCCCUGCCUCUCCCAGUUCUCCAUGAGGUGAUGCUGAGCAGUGAGGACCACCCAGAAAACCAGCUUACAAAUGAAAAACAUACAGACGAAAAGACUGUGAAAGGUAUUGUUAUGAGUUCUGUCGCAGAAUUUAGCAUGGCAGACACUUCAUCGAAAGAAACCAAAAACGAGAAGAAAUUGUCAGAAGCAAGCAGAUCAUCCAUUGCUUCCCUGGAGAAAUGCAGAGAAUUCACCUACAUUGAAGACAACGCGUCAGUUCAUCAGAGAGACAGUGAUGAUGAAUGUGCAACACUUAUCCUGGCCUGCUUGUUCUGCCAAUUUUGGGACUUUCUUAUAAUGCUGCCUGAUACCUGUGAACACUGGCUGAUAGAUACCUGUUGUCCAUCCAAUAGAUACUACCAGACCUCCGAUGAAGACCACUCCAACAACGACUGCAACUGUGACUGUGACAUUGAUUGCAGCCUCUUUGAGUCCUGCCAUGAGACUGGCGAAUGCCUGGAACUUGCCAUGGAGAUUUCUGAAGUCUGCUAUCGCUAAUAGGAAAACAAUUGACAAAAAAAUCCUGAAAACUGCCUGAAAGGGAUUGGACAGAGUACAAGGAGACUUUUGUUUUUCAGAAAAGAUAACAGGAAUGUUUUCCAACCAGGACUAUACCAUCAUGCUGCUCCCACUCUGGAGGUCUGUAUAUCUGUAACGUACUGGUUCUAUGAUAAUAAAGGGCAAAAAAAGAUCUCCUUUGCCAUAGACAACAACAGAAUUCCUAAGUGCCAAGUGUGCUCAAUGUGUUACCUGCUGCCAAUGCAAUGCUUUUAUAAACCCCUAAUUGCUUUAAACACGGAUUUCCCCCAUUCACAAACACAUGACAAAUUAGGACAUUCUUUUAGGACUGAUAUAUAUUAGUUCAUCUUCCUAAUGGAUUCAUACAUAAACAUGUAUUACACGUUGUUGGUUAUUAUUAAUAAUGUAUGAUACAGCAUCAUUUUAUAAUUAAAAAUUUAUUUAUUCAAUCUCUUAAAACACACUUAUAUGCUCAGUUUAGGUAGAAAAGAAAAUUAAAUGAAUUAGAAACCAUGCUAGCUGUAAUUACAGCAAAUGCCUCUAAAAAUCUCCAGUGAAUUUUGUGGAGGAAGCACUUUAACAGGGUAGUGCAACUCGACAGUGUAUUAAUGUGCGUGCCUAUGGUUAUGUAAUAACAGGUUAUGCCUAUUGUUCAUUAGUUGCAGAAAAGGGCUCCUUAAGUGUAAUUAGCCUAAAUGGGAAUUGACUGCACACUUCCAGAGGAGAAUUACCCCGUGGAUAGCCAGUAACUCCUUUGCCUGAUUUUCAUUUGCAAGAUUCCUGCAAGCAGCAGAAUAUUGCCAUCUAUUCUAGUGGAAACAGGCAUCUCCACCUGUGCACAAAAGAUUACAAAAUGACAGUAUCUAUCCUGGUUGUGCUUUCAGACUCCCUCUAUCUUUUUUCUGAUGGCAGGUCUGAUUAAUAAAAAGGAAAUACAUAUUGUGCAUCACACAUAUGACAACAAAAGCAUGUAAAUUCAGCCGCCUCAGGGUGCAGAACGAUUGUAUAAAGCACAGAGGAAAAUACAGAGUUGCUUGCUCACAUUAGAUAUUUAUAGACUAACACCAAAGAACAUAUUUGCUUUGUAUAGUCACAAAAGUUCUCCCAGAACCCCACUGAUCUCAGUGUAGAAGUGCCUGGGGAAUCCCAAACAAGAGUUCUGGACAAGAUUACAGGAUACUCAGCUUUGCUGAAAUCAUUGAGGCCACUUGUUUAAUAAGCUGAGUCUCAAAUCUCCAGUCGUGACGCACAAAUUUUUAAUGUAUGGAAAUAGAGAGCAAUGUGAAUUUCCAUUGUUUUCCUCUUCUGGACAUCAGAAAGUAAGGAGUAGGUAGAAAUGCUAACAGCAUAGUUACCUCGUAGCAAAUUAAACACUUCUACCAUAACAAAUAAAUAAUGAGAUGGCUUUGAGGACAACAAACCUAGAAAUACAGUCUGAAGCCCAGUGUACCUUGCUUCUGUGCUCCUUCCAGGACAUCUGUGGGGAAAAUAAUAGGUUUUCUUCUUCUAAUUACAGUGGCCUUUUGUGAGUUGUAGCCACCUGAAGGAAGAAAGUCAUUAGUUCUUAAUUGUCACACCUGUGCCAGCCUGCCAGAUGCGAUGGGACCCAAACAUGGGAAGUACUAACCACCGCCAUCUGCAAGGCACUGUAUUUGCACACCUGGGGCUGAGCAAAGCUGAGUCUUACCACUCCAGUUUUCACUCUCCUGCAGGUUUUUGAUCUUAAAUCUGAUCAUACUGAGCAUUAAGACUACACUGGUAGGGCAACAUUUUGGGUGUUGGUGACAGAGGCCUGGAUCAUUCCAAAACUGCCAUAGGUUGUCUUCGACAAAUUGGCAAGUAGGCUUGUGUGAAUAAAGAGAUGGACCCACAACAUUUAAAAGUCAUAAGAGGAGCAAUUUCACCCACACAUAUUUUCUGAGAGGAGUACCAACAGUGAUGCAUACUGGCAAUACUUGCUCUUGAUGUUGCCAUCCAAAAAAGAGCUUUUCACUUUUGCAAUGUCUGGAAGGAGCCCAAGAGGUAUCCGGAGGGUGACGUACACCAAAGCACAGCCAGCGAGGUGUAUUGAGGUGAAGUGUUUGCUUGUCUCUUUCCAGCUCUGAGCUCACGAGACUUUACACUUUUGCCAUGCUGGGAUAACCUGUGAUAGAUGUCUUCAUGUAUCAGUUCUGAAACCAAAUUAAAUUGAGGAUUAUGUGUAUAAAAUAUUCUUUUCAACUAUUCCACUAUUCAAAAAAAAAAAAAAAAAAAAAAAAGCCUUUCUUCCUGUUGUAGUGUGUAGGUUGGCAUACUGAAGUCAUGUCUACUAUAGGGCACGGGUAAGGUCAAAGACAGGUUUUAAAUGGUUGUGGCCACAGCCAUGGCUAGACAGGAUGCCCCAACAAUAUGAAUUGAAUCAUGCUGGAAAAUAUUGGGAACUGCUAACAUGAUGAACAGGAGUGUUUUAAACAGUGCAGCAAUAUCUUCUUGCCUAAAGUCUACAAUGACACAUUGCUCAGUUUCCUGUUUUAGGAAGUAGAUUUUUAGAAGAAUUUUGUGUAAGCAAUGAAAUCUUGAGAAAUGUGUUAAUAGUCUUCCAUAUUUAAUGGUUUUCAUACCUUAUUUCAUGCAACAUAAUAGAGCCAGCAGCUCAUGACAACUUUGUUUUCUGCCAUAAAAGCGUUAAUUGUAAUGUUAUACUUUCACAAUGCUGGGACCAUUUAAUGCUUUGACACCAGAAAAACAAAGAUUUUUCUUUUCCAUUCAGCAUUCCAGAAACUGGAUUUCCUGUCUGGGGAACCACCCUAUUCCUACAUUAAGCUGACUUCCUCAGCCAGAGAAAUACCUGUUUAUCAGAUAAGAACAUGGAUAUAGACAUUCCAGUUAAGCAGAACUAUCAGGAACAAUUUGAGGCUCUCUCUGUAUUUUUCCUUUACUGUGGAGAAAGGCCUGAGUGUGCGAGUAGGAGGCAUUUGGGUGGAUGGCUGUUCUGAACAUGUUGGACUCAGCUGUGCUCCCGGAGAGAUGUCAGCUCUGCAGUGUGUGAAACUGACUCCUCAGAACAACAAAUAAACGUUACCAUUUUGCAAACGGGAACAUCGCUCCGACACGACGCCUCUCCUCAGCACCAUAAAUGAGCCGACAGAUUGGUUGGGGGAAGAGAGAGACGGAGAUAAUAACGAAGAUCUAUAAUCGCUGCCUUCUACAGGAACGGACCACGGGAUGCUCUCUAAGGAUCUCCUCUUGGAAAUGACUCACCAAUCUCAUCCUUACAAAAAAAAAAAAUAAAAUAAAAUGUCCUUUUAUCUCCUUUCAUUGUGCUGAUUCGGAUGCAAACUCUUUGCAGCUGAAAUUGUCAUUUGCUAAAUACUGUAUUGCACCCAGCACUGUCUGAGGACCCAAUGACAAGGCUUCGGGGUGCUCCUGGAAAUUUAAGCAGUUAACUCAAAGGAAAUGCAAUUCUCCAACUGAACCUUAAGUGAGUCUUCUCAUUUGUAGUUCUGGUGCCUUACACUCCAUGCACAGAAGUCCCUUUAGAUAGGGGGCAAACAAAAAUUAUCCCAUGUACUUUUCUGAAUUCAGGAAUUCAGGAGCAUAUUAUAUUAUUGCCUGUGACUUUCCUUUACUUCCUAGAGCAUUUUAAUCCUUCAUACUCUCUUAAGCAAUCACAACCAGAAUAACCAAGCUCUUCCAAAUGUCAAGACGACUCUUGCCUUAACUCCAGUGCUGCUUAGGGAUUCAGACUGCAUGCUACAGCUGAGCUCUAGAAGACAUUGUUUCUCAGGAAGAAAGCAAAAUAUAGGAGCAAGUAAGAUGCUUGCAAUCCUAUUGUUAUGCCUGUAUAUAUGGAAAAACUUUAAUUACUGUUUGACUAAGAAUGUAUAUAUCUAUUAAACGUAUCUUUUAAUUAUGUGAAA